CUAACAUAAAUGGGCACAUUGGUGUUUAAACAACUUUUUGUAAGACUUGGCAGAUGGGCAAUGAAUCCCAGAGUCCAACGAACCUUCUUUGGGGAUCCACCAAGAAUAUCUCAGCCAUGAGGGAGGGGGGUAUAAAAGUUAACGAGCAAGAUUUGCCCAUAAUAAUUAGCUUCAGACACCAGACCUUCGAGGGCAACAGCCAGCACCUCUCCUCCAUGUCCCCGUCACGGAAUUCUCUUCUGUGAUUUAGCAGUCGCUGUCAUUCUCCCAGGGGUUUUUCUAGGUCUUUUAGGUCACAGAAGGGGAGGUACAGUGACCACUGUUCCCUGGAGGAUGACAGAACGGGCAGAUGGGCAGCCCCUGGCAAGUGGUGAGCUUCCUGGAGGAGAGGGCAGUUUCUUCAUGGGCACAUGCACCAUUGGGUGGGUGCUCAGGACAAACUCGGAUCGCAGGUCUCCUUGUCCACGUCAGCACCGAGGCUGCUGGAGGGGUUGUCGUGGGCCGGUUGGCAGGAGGAUUGGAGGCUGGUUCAUAAGGCCCGCUCAGCAUGGACUCAGCCUGGCCACAGCCCUGCCAUGUGAGGCCCAGAUCACAGCUGACCUCCCUUCUGUUUAUUUCACUCAGCAGUGACGUUGCUUUCUUUAGGAUCCCCAUUGCCCUGACCUGGGUGGCACAUCCAACCCAGAAAUUUCCAGAUCCCAGUGUGCGUCCAUGAGAAAGUUAAAUCAGGCCCCACCUCAGUUCUGUUAGAAUCUAUGGGGCUGGGUCCAGGCAUCUGUAUUUGAAUUUCUCCAUGUGACCCUCACGUGGAAAGGAUGGUGUUUGCACAGCACUUCUGCUUCACUCUGCUGAUAUUUCUGCUCUGUCGCUACAGCCACUGUGGUGAAACCGCUCCACAGGAGGAGUUUCCCCCAAACAUGUCACACCCAACGUGGGCUCUUUAGUCCACUUUUGAACAACAUACCGACGUAUCUUAAGAUGGGCACUGCCUAGUUGUGACCUAUCUAGACAAGGUGGCUAUUUCCUGCACUUUGUACCCCCACGUCCUCCCCAUCUUCACAGAAACAUCAUAUUCUGUCUUGAAUUGGAGGUUCUUCCAUGUCGUCUUUUUGUGCAUGUGACAUUUUAUUCAUAGGAUACACAAAUGGUAGUGAAAUUUCUGGGUCAAGAGUGAUGCACACGGUCAAAAAUUUGUUCUGUAGACUAGAGUUUCUUAACUGGAAUCGAGGGGCAGACUUUAGGCAAUCCACAGACUCCUUGAGAUUGGAGACACCAUGUGAAGUGUCAGGGUGUCUGUGUGUGUGUGUGUGUGAGCACAGGUACAGUUUUCUAUGGUCUUAGGUGCUCAAAAUGUCCCUUGACUCAAAGAUGCCUGAGGGUAGAGGCUGUGUGUCCCCAGCACAGAAUCCUGAGCAGAGUGUCAGUAACCACGGAGCAGAAGAGCUUGGCCAAAUUGAGUGUUUUAGUGACUUUUUAAUCCAGAAGUCAAUGCACCUGGGAUGGUUUUUACAUACUUAUUUCACUCUUAUAAGGUCUUCCCAUUUCCGCUUCCCCUCAGUUUCCUCCUCACUUCCCUUCCUCCCCCACAGACUAUGCUCUGAAAUAGGAUCAGGAAGGAGGGAGAGAGUCCAACGUGUCUCAAGUCUAGAAUGGAGAGAACAGGGCAUCUGCUGGGGAGGGAUGACAAGGCAUCCGGACCCCUGGAGGAUGGCUGAGGAGGAUGGUCAGAGGUGGGGUCAGUGGCAGGAGUUCUCGCUUACCCCUGAUCUCCAGGAGAAGUGCACACAUUGGUUUGGCAGUUACACGCAUUUUCCUUCAAACUGGUUGCCAGGUUGGAAUGACGAUGACAUCAGAGGCUUCCGACCUUCCUGAUUGGAAGGACCAAACUCCGUGGUGCUUGGCAGCGGAGGUGGCCAACAGCAUCUUCUCAGAGCUUUUCUCCGCUCCUAGCUUCUCCACAGCUUGGAGAAGGGAUAACGGGCUUAUAUUCAGCCAGAAUCCAGAGGAGGAUUUGGGGCAGACUAGGGUGUAGCUUUCUUGGCAGGGAAGAAAGAGUUUGGGAGAAAUCAUGAGCAGUCGUCCACCGAGUCCCCAGCCUAGCACGUCAGGGUACCCCCUGGAGGUGAUAGUGAAUGAAGAAAGCCCAGGACCAUCAGCCCGCUGGGUAGAUCCCAGGCCCCUGCCUGAGUCCUCGGGCCUGAAGAGGAAGAGGGAGUGGUCGGAGUCUCUCCAGGAGGAGACGGAGGAGGAGACAGCCGCCAAGGCUGAGGACAGCUGGGCGGUGGAGUGGCUGUGUGGACUCAGGAUGAAGCUGAAGAAACAGCGGGCGUCCACAGUGCUGCCUGAACACCACGAGGUCUUCACCACACUGCUCGAGGAUCCUGUCGUUAAAAGAUUCCUGGCCUGGGACCGAGAUCUGUUGGUAUCUGACAAGUAUCUGCUGUCCAUGGUCAUAGGUUUAUUCGAGCGGGCUGGCCUCUUCUCCUGGCAGUACCGGCGGAUUCAUUUCUUCAUCGCUCUCUACCUGGCCAACGACAUGGAAGAGGAUAACCAGGCCCCCAAACAGGCCAUCUUUUCCUUCCUCUAUGGGAAAAACCGCGCUGAGCGCCCCUUGUUCCACAAACUGCGAUUACAGUUCGUCCGUUCCAUGGACUGGAGGAUGAGGGUCACCCGGGAAGAGUGCGAGGAGAUCCAGGCUUUUGAUCCCGAUCUCUGGGUGUGGGGCCGAGACCGCGCCCUGCUGCCCUAGGGCUCCAGGGACCGUGGAGGCCUGAGGGAAGGUCACUGAGGCCGGGGAGACGCGGGUUGUGAGCAGGAAGUCAUCCCAGACACCAAUGACAGACAUGAGGAAGGAAGAGAGGAGCCAAUUAUGCACAUAGUCUAGAAGAACCCAGAACCUGAGAAUGAGCCGAACGGUUCUCGUGUCGUACUCCUAGGAGCUGGGGGCACAGCCAGGAGUCCAGGGAGGGACAAGAAGGAACCAGGGUCUUCUCAGCGUCCACCCCUUCCUAAGGCACUGCCACAUCCUCAGACUGUUGAACUCAACCGUCCCCCGAGGUAGAAGCUGCAGGCCUGGUUGUUACCCACGUGGUUUCCACAGUCUAGAACAAUCUGAAGGCGGAGUGUAGGGGUUCCAGAUAGGAGGGAAUUAUUUUAAAAAUAUCAAAUUAGAGCCAAGGAUUGGGAUGGAUAACUUCACAUAUGCCAGAAAUUUCAUUGGUUUAUUUUUAAAAUGUUGCCCAUAGGAUUACUAUAUUGAUUUUUAUAAUUUAUAUUUUUAUUGUAAAUAGUUUUGAAAUAGUCAUGGUUUUGAAAACACGCAAAGUUUGGUAAUGAGCA